AUGACUGAAACAGUAGAAGCGCGCUCGUCCACCACCACCAUGGUCAUCGACGCCCGGGGGCCCAAGAAGACCUUGGCGGACGACCUCCACACGACCUUCAGCUCCCCGCUGGCCUGGAUCUUGGUCCUGGCUCUCGUCGUCACGUGGUCUUGUGUCUUCGUCAUCAUGUUUGACCUGAUGGACUACAAGACCGUCUCAGGUCGCCCACCUCCUGUCGUCAGGAAGGUUUUAAAGGAUUCAGGCCGCUCUCGGGGAGGCCUCAGCAAGAUGGGCUCGGACCCCGUGGGGGCGGUGAGCGCCGCCGUGGAGGAAUCCACCAACGUGAUCGCCGUGAUGCUGAAAUUCGCCGGCGACCUGUUCGCCCCCGAUGAAGACGAAGGAGAGUUCCUGCCCUCCAGAAGCAAAGGAGACAAAGUGGAGGCUGCUGAGGAAGAGGAGGAGGAAGAGGAGGAAGAGGAGUAUGCAGAAGAGGAGGGAGAGGAGUAUGAUGGGGAGGAGGACCAGGAGGAAUAUGAUGAUGAGUAUGAAGAGGAGUAUGAUGAGGAGUAUAAAGAAUAUUAUGAGGAGGAGCAAGCUGACGGAGAGGAGGAGGAGGAGGAUGGUGAGGAAGAAGAAGAAGAAGAAGAAGAAGAAGAGGAAGCGGCAGAUGAAUUUGAGGAGGAGGAAGAAGAAGAUGAAGAAGACGAAAAAGAAGAAGAGGAGGAGGAAGGAGCUGAAUCUGUAGACGAAGAGGAGGGAGAGGAUGAAGAGGAAGCGGCAGAUACAUUUGAGGAGGAUGAGGAGGAAAAAGAAGAAGAAGAAGAAGAAGAAGAAGAAGAGGGAGCAGAAGCUGUAGAAGAGGAGGAGGAAGAGGAGGAAGCGGGAGAUGAAUUUGAGGAGGAGGAAGAGGGAGAAGUAGAAGGCUCAAGAGAAGAAGAGAGAGUUAAAACCGAUGCUGACGAAGAGGAGGAUGAGGUGAAGGCAGAGGAGGAGGAGGAGGAGGAGGAGGCGGCUGCUGAGGAGGAGGAGGAGGAGGAGGAGAAGGAGGAGAAGGAGGAGGAGGAGAAGGAGGAGGAGGAGGAGGAGGAGGAGAAGGAGGAGCCCACAGCUAAACUAAAGAAAACUGUCGACGAGCCCGAAGGGUGUCCCUGUUUGAACUCCAAAGAGCCCGCCGGCCAGACCGAGGACUCGAAAGCUGAGAAGACCACCGAAGAGCCGAAGAGGAAAGGUAACGCCACCGUCCGCUCUGCCCAGGAUUUCAAUUCUGCCGCCGGCGACCAGGAGGAUCCGGAGACUUCCUCCUCCUUUCAGAGACCUGCACCGGUCUACUGCCCGUCCCCACCUGGCUGGUACGCUCCCUCCGCUCCGGUUCUGACCGCUCACCCCGUCGUCCAUCCCGGAGCGCCGCCGCUGUACCAGCAGCAGCCGAUGAUGCAGCCGCUCUACGCUCAGUACCAACCGUAUCCACCCGCGAUGCAGCCGGCGAUGCAGCCGGUGACGCAGCCGGUGAUGCAGCCGGUGAUGCAGCCGGUGACGCAGCCGGCGAUGCAGCCGGUGAUGCAGCCGGUGACGCAGCCGGUGACGCAGCCGGCGAUGCAGCCGGUGACGCAGCCGGCGAUGCAGCCGGUGACGCAGCCGGUGAUGCAGCCGGUGACGCAGCCGGCGAUGCAGCCGGUGACGCAGCCGGUGACGCAGCCGGCGACGCAGCCGGGGAUGCAGCCUCAGGCCGAGCCGGUCCAGCCAGAAGCCGCGGACCAAGAAGAGGUCCAGACUCCAGAUCCUGAAGCUGCAGUCCAAGAAGAAACCCAGACGGGCGACCACGCGACGGAAAAGAAGAAACCAAGCCAGCGAUACUUCCAGUGCAUUUACGUCCCCGGUAAAAACGCCCAGUACCCCUUGCGACCUUUGCCCCCGGCCAUGUCCCCCGCCAUGAUGAGCCCUGCGAUCAGGUCCAUGUUGGAGCAGCAGCAGAGAGCGGCGAGGGGGCAAUAA